CCUAUUUACCCAAGUUAGAGCUAGGGGCCUGUGGAAACAUGAAGAGGGUAAAUAGCUGUGUGAAGAGUGAUGAGCAUGUCUUGGAGGAGCUGGAAACAGAAGGGGAGAGGCAGCUGAAAAGCCUCCUUCAGCACCAACUUGAUACCUCUGUCUCCAUUGAAGAAUGUGUAUCUAAGAAAGAGAGCUUUGCUCCUGGUACUAUGUACAAGCCCUUCGGGAAGGAAGCAGCUGGGACUAUGACUUUGUCCCAGUUCCAGACACUGCAUGAGAAGGACCAGGAGACUGCUUCUCUCAGGGAACUAGGGCUCAAUGAAACGGAAAUCUUGAUCUGGAAGAGUCAUGUUUCAGGUGAAAAGAGGACGAGAGUUAGGGCAACCCCUGAAGCAAUACAGAACCGUCUUCAAGAUAUUGAAGAAAGGAUCUCAGAGCGUCAGCGCAUCCUUUGCCUGCCACAGAGAUUUGCAAAGAGCAAACAGCUGACCCGGCGAGAAAUGGAAAUAGAAAAUUCCUUAUUUCAGGGAGCUGAUCGUCACUCCUUCCUUAAGGCUCUUUACUACCAAGCAUACCACAAAAAGACAAGUGCAGACAAGUACAUGACCUCAAUGAAGAGGAAGAUAAAAUUAGGCACAAAAGAUGAACCCCAAAAGAAGAACAAAGGUGAUCCCAUGAACAACCUGGAAAGUUUUUACCAAGAGAUGAUAAUGAAAAAACGUCUUGAAGAGUUCCAACUAAUGAGAGGUGAACCCUUUGCUUCCCACUCACUGGUCUCAGCUACGUCAGUGGGAGAUAGUGGCACAGCUGAGAACCCGUCAUUACUCCAGGACAAGGGAAAACAGGCAGCACAGGGUAAAGGUCCCAGUCUCCAUGUGGCAAAAGUUAUUGAUAAUUCACCUGAGCAGUGUUGGACUGGGCCUAAGAAGCUGACGCAGCCAAUAGAAUUUGUCCCAGAAGAUGAGAUCCAGAGAAAUCGUUUGUCAGAGGAAGAGAUCCGAAAAAUUCCUAUGUUUUCUUCAUAUAAUCCAGGGGAGCCAAACAAGGUGUUAUACCUGAAGAACCUUAGUCCUCGGGUGACUGAAAGAGAUCUUGUCUCAUUAUUCGCUCGGUUCCAGGAGAAAAAAGGACCUCCAAUUCAAUUCCGAAUGAUGACUGGACGAAUGAGGGGGCAAGCUUUUAUCACCUUUCCCAAUAAGGAAAUAGCAUGGCAAGCAUUGCGUCUGGUAAAUGGAUAUAAACUACGUGGGAAAAUAUUAGUGAUAGAAUUUGGAAAGAACAAAAAGCAACGGUCAGAUCUCCAUACUACUUCUAUAAUAUCAUCUACUACAGAUAGCACUACAGAAAUCAGUGGUAGCUAGAAUACAUAUAGAUUGUGAGUCCCAGGAGGUCUUUCUUGCAUCAGAAUCUUAGAUCUAAGAUUUGUGUAUAGAUAGCAAUUUGUUUGGAAUUGAACAAAAGAAACAGACCGAGGGAGAGGAAGUCUAAUUAAGGUCAUCCCUUUCAGCUUUUGGAAAGAAUUGGUAGAAAACAUUUUCUAUAAUCAAAGACCACAGGAUAGACUGUAUACUGAGUAUGAAGGGUAGGGUACAAAGAGUAUAAUUUUCUCAGGAUAAAUUACAAUGGAUUAUUUCCAAGGAUUUUUUUAAUCUUUGUAAUUUAUAUGAGGUCUUAAAUAUUUGUCCCUUGAGAUAACAUUCUUUCCAAGAUUGCCUCCUAUAUACAGAACUGAAAAAAAAAAAACUAAUUACAUUUUGAAAUAUUUAUUUUCUGGAGCCCAUUUGGCCCUAAUUUUAUUCACCUCAUAAAUAAAUGACCAGGACCCCAGGUCUAAACAUCAGUAAAUGCUGUUAAAUGAGAACUAUCAGCAGUAACAGUAGGUAGUUUUCAUAAGUCAGUCAACAUAUUUAAUGAGCACUUCCACAUUAAGUUGUCAGUGUCUUCAAAAAGCUAUAUAUUUUUUCUAAUGAAAUAAUUUAGAUCAAACUACUAAUGUUCUCAUAGUUAUUUAAGCUAGCUACCAUUGAGUAAUCAUUGAAUUCAAAGCAAUAAACAUUGAAUUAUUGUCUAAUAUGUUAAGGAUUAGAUAUAUGAAUUUUAGAAGAGGAACUUACUAGCAAAGAAUACUAAAAGAAAAAGAGCUCUCUAGAAGACAGGCAGCCAGCACCAAAUCCCCAGUUAUUUGUUUAUAGUUGCUGGAGACUAGAAAGAUGAUAUGAUAUAGAGGAAGUAGUACAAACUUUGACGUCAGACCUGUUGGAACUUCACAGCCAUACUUACCACUCUGUGACCUUGGCAAGUCACUUAAUCUGAGCCUCAGUUUUCUCAUCAAUGAAAAUGAGGAUAAUAAUACUACUUACCUCACUGGAUUGUGAUGAUUGUAUCCAGGUUGAAGGACAGAAAGGAAAAAAAUGAAAAUUUAUCAGGGUAUAGGAACAUUAAGCACUCCAAUGUACUUGUAAUAGGAAUACCAGAGAAAGAAAGGAGGAGAAGAAAUAAAUAUUCCAAUAAUAAUGGCUGUAAACAACCCAAAUUUGAUGAGAAACAUUAUCUACACAUCCAAGAAAUCUCAAUGAACCCUAAAUAGGAUAAACAGGAAGAAAUCCACAGACAUACCAUAAUAAGAAUGCUAAAAUCCAAAGACAAAGAGAAACUCUUGAAAGCAAUAUGAGGAAAAUGAAGCAUCACUUACAAGGGAACUUCAAUAAGAUUAACAGAUGAUGUCUCAUCAGAAACAAUGGAUGUGGCAGUGGGAUAACAUAUUCAAAGUGCUCAAAGAAAAAAAACACUAUCAAUAUAGAAUCCUAUAUUCAAUAAAGCUGUUUUUCAAAAAUGAAGAUGAAAUAAAGACAUUCCCACAUAAUCAAAAGCUGGGAAAAUCUGUUGCUGGCAGAUCUGACUUACAGGAAAUAUUAAAGGAAGUUCUGCAGGUGGAAAGCAAGUGACCUCAGACAGUAAUUUACAUCUACACACUCAAAAAAUAGCACGGGUAAAGGUAAUUAUAUAAUUAUAAAGGACAGUCUAAAUACAUUUUUCCCUUCUUAAUUGGUUGAAAAUGUAAUUUUAUAAAACAAUAUGUAUAUAGUUGCAUUGCUGGAUCUAUAACAUACAAAACUGUAAUAUAUUUACUAAUAACAGGACAAAGGAAGUUGGUGAAAACAAAGCUGUAUUGUACUAAAGAAAUUACUCCAGAUGGUAACUCAAAUCCAGGAGCAAAUGAAGAAAACAAGAAAUGGGGAAUAAGUUUAAUAUAAAACAUCUAUAAAUAUAUACUUACUCUUCUCUCAGCUACCUUAAAAGGCAAAAUUAUAUUAAUAAUUAUAACUAUGUAUUGUUGGGUUUAUAACAUGUAGAAAUAAUAAUAAUAGUAACAAUAAUACCACAUAAAAACUGGGAAAAGGAAUGUUUAUAUAGGAAUAUGUUUUUUUAUAUCUCAUUAGAAUUUAGUGUGUGUACGUAUGUGUGUGUGUGUGUAUAUAUAUAUAUCUGAAGCCAAUUAAGUUGUGUAUAGUAAGCCCUAGAGCAACCACUAAGUAAAUAGCUAAAAAAUGUAUAGUGAAUAUAUUAUUUAAGAAAUGUAAAUGUUACAUUAAAAAUACUCAAUGCAAAAGAAGGCAAAAAAAAAAAAGGAAUGGAGAAACCAAAAUAAAACAAAAGCUUGAGACAUAAAGAAUAGGAAAGAAACAGUAAAAUAGCAGUUGUAAGACCACCUAAUUAAUAAUAAUAAUAAUAAGUAUGAAUGAAUUAAACAAUCCAAUCAAAAGGCAGAAAUCAAACUGGGAAAAAAACAAGACUUACUUCUGUACUUAUUUAUCAGAGUCACACUUUCGAUUCAAACAUACAGACUGAAGGUUAAAGGGUAAAAACAAAUACCAGGCAAACAGCAACUGUAAGAAAACUAGAGCAGCUAUACUAAUAUCAGACAAAAUAGACCUUAAAACAAAAAAGUCAGUAUGGAUAAACAGUGACAUCUUAUACUGAUACAAGAAUCAAUCUACCAAAUGAUAUAACAAUUAUAAAUAUAUGCACCUAACAACAGAGCACCAAAAUACAUGAAUCAAAAACAGAAAUGAAUGGAGAAAUAUAAAAGUAUACAAUAAGAGUUGGGGGAUUAAGUGCCCUAUUUUUAAUAAUAGAACUAGACAGAAGAUGAACAAGUAAAUAGGAGACUUGAACAAUGCUAUAAGUCAACUACACCUUAAGGAGAUUUGUAGAACACUUGACUCAACAAGAGCAGAAUACACAUUCUUCUCAAGUGCAAUUGAAACAUGUCCAAGAUAGGCCAUAUCACAUACCAUAAAACAAACCAAUACAUUUAAGUGGACUGAAAUCAUGCAGAGCGUGUUCUCUGACCACAUGAAAUGAAGUUAGAAAUCAAUAUCAGAAAGUUGGGAAACACAAAUAUGAGUUAGACACACUUUUAAAUGACCAAUGAGUCAAAGAAGGAAUUGCAAAGUUAAUUUAUGAUGAGUGAAAAUGAAGACACAGCAUACCAAAAUUUAUCGGCUGCACCUAAAGCAAUGUUUAGACAGAAAAUUACAAGUACAAAUGCCUAUAAUUAAAAAGAAGAAAGAUAAUGUAAAAGUAAUCUCACUUUAUACCUUAAGGCACUGGAAAAAGAGGAGGAAACUAACUAGAACAAACCAAAGGGAGGAAAUAUAAAAGAUUAGUUAAAUAAAUGACAGAGAAUAGAAAAUCAAUAGAGAAAGUUGAUGAAACCAAAAGUUGAUUCUAUAUAGAGAUCAACAAAAGUGACAAACCUUUCACUAGAUUGACCAGGAAAAAAAAGAAGACUCAAAUUACCAGAAUAAAAAAUGAAGGGAACAUUACUACCAAACUUACAGAAAUAGAAAUCAUGAAGGAAUACUGUGAACAAUUGUGUGAUGACAAUAAAUUAGGUAACUUAGAUGAAAGGGAUAAAUUCCUGGAAAUAUACAAACUACUAAAACCAAUGGAGGAGUGCAAAGAAAGUACUUAUAGUAAGAGUUUCCUUAAUAAUUUUUAAAUACCCAUAAAGAAAAGCACAGACUCAAAUGGCUUCUCAGAUUAACCCUAGCAAAUAUUAAAGAAGAAUUAGUACAAAUUCUUCACAAACUCUUCCAAAAAGUAGAAGAGGGAACACUUCUGAUAAUAAUGCUACAACAUUGAAAACAUACUAAAUGAAAGAAGUCACUCCAAAAGACUAUAUAUUAUAUGAUUCCAUUUAUAUGAAGUGUCCAGACUUGGCAAAUAUAUAGAGACAGAAAGUGGAUUAGUGGUUGCUUAAGGCUGGGGGUAAUAGCUUCAGUGUAUGGGGUUUCUUUAGAGCUUGAUGAAAAUGUUCUAAAAUUGAUUGUGAUGAUGAUUGUACAAAUCUGUGAAUAUACUGCAAACCAUGAAUUAUAUACUUCAAUUGGGUGAAUUUUAUGGUAUCUGAGUUACAUUUUAAUAAAGUCACACACACACAAACACUGGAUACAACAUAAGUGUCCAUCAGUAUGAGAAUGGAUAAAUUAUGGCACAUCCAUUUAGUGGAAUAUCUACAGCCAUUAAAAUAAUGAGGUAUAUCUAUGAAUACAUUCUAACCUGUAUGAUGUCCAGGAUUUUGUAUUAAGUUAAAAAGUAAGAAAUAUGUAUAACGUGAAUAUGUUUUUAUAAACAAAAGCAUUUGUAUAUGUAUCAUAUAUGUAUAUAUAGAUUUCUGAAAAAACUUAGGAAAAAGCUGGGAAAUAUACAUACCAAAUUGUAAACCUCUUAGAGGUGGGAUUGGAUAGGCUGAAAGGGGACUUUUGCUUUAUAAGAAUUUUAAAAGUGUGAUUUGGGCUGAUUUUUACUUUUUUCAGUAUUUUUUAACUAAAGAAAUUUUUAAUACUCUGCCAAUGAUUUGGCUUCCAGAAUAUUUGUCAGGUCUGAUCUGAGGAUAUCAUCUAACUAUACUCAGGACAAACAUCUAUUCCUUUGAUAUACUGCUCACUUAUGAUUAACUCCAAUUUUAACUAUAGUUUAAAGGACAAGAAGUAAGUUAUCCUGGUAUAACUACUUGCAUGUUACCCGGGAGCAUAUACUUGUAAGCUGGACUUUUCAGAAGGAACUUUUUCCUGUUGGGUGUAAAAUCUCACCUCUGCCCUUUACUAGACCAUUAACAGUAGAGGAAAAUAAAAAUGGAGGAUGUCCCUCAACUGGUGCAUAGAUAAACUGUGGUAUAUCCAUACAAUGGAAUCCUAUUCAGCAAUAAAAACUAUGAUGAACUAUGAUACAUGCAGCAACUUGGAUGAAUCUCAAAUGCAUUUUGCUAAGUAAAAGAAGCCAAACUCAAAAGGCUACUUACUGUUAGAGUCCAUUUAUGAUAUUCUGGGAGAAAAAGUAAAACUGUAGAAACAGAACAAAUCAGUGGAUGAUGGGUUAAAAAUGGGAGCUAUUACAAAAUGGUAGCACAAGGAUUUUGUGUUAAUAAUGGUAAUUUUCUGUAUCUUGAUUAUAAUUACACAAGUGUAUGCAUUUGUCAAAACUCCUAGAAUUGUACACCAAAAAGGAUGAAUUUUACUGUAUGAACAUUUUAAAAUAAAUGUAAUUUUUAAUGGAGGAAAGAAAAAGUUUCUCAGUCAUGUCCAUAUUCUGUGAUCUUUUGAUUACUAUUGGAGAGUUAAAGCCAUGUGGAUACUGUUUCUUAUUUUCUGCCCAC